GGAGGCCUACAGUACUAACGUAUUUGACUAUUGCCCAGAAACAUGUAGCUAAUCAAUCGGCUACAGCGUUGCUUUUUAUUUACUCUCAAAUAACAAGUAUCAGAUAGGUACAGAGACUCCUGAGCUGAUUUGAUUGCAGAGAACUUCUUCUAACUUAGACAAAUAGUUUAGAAAUAAAUAUUUCCAUAGAAACCAUGUAAUCAUCCUUGAUAUUAAUUAGCAUGCAUUCAGUUGUUAUCUUCAAGUCUUUGGACCAGUUAUGGUAAUGAAAGUUUUUAAUUACUUUUAAUAGAAUGGUGAAUUCUGAGGAAGCAGCUGGUGUGUUGAGCCACUUCUGAGGACUGAAAAUGCCAGUAGUUGAAAGUGAGGCAAAGGCAAAAACUAGAGCCUGCUUUGAGGAGAUCUUCAGACAUCAUGCUGGCCUAGCAGACACAAAGAAAUCAAAGAAAAAGAAGUUUCAAUCUGAAGAGAAUAUUGUGCUUGACACCUUUAAAAGUAAUAUUGAUUUAGCUAAGGAAAGUGUGAAUGAUCAAGCAAUUAUAAACAACACAUACAAUCCUGAAGAAGAGAGUCCACGAUUUACAAAAAAUAAACUGAGAGAGAAAGCCUCAAUUGCAAAGAAAAUAAACAAUGAUAUUGUUAGUAGAGAGGAGAACAAGCAACCAAAGUCUAACAAGAAGAAAAAGAAAUCACUGUUACAAGAACAAUUUAAUGAGGAGGAAAAUUUACAUGAAGCUGAAUUGGAGAGUUUUGAGAAAAAGAUUAAUGAUUUUUCAAAGAAGAAAACAAAAAGUAAAUCACAAACAGAUGUACCUCAUCAAGGAGGUGAUGGAAAGAUUAAAAAAUUCUUGACUGAAGCGAGAAAUGUAACUGAAUUAGACGAGGAGGAAGAGCUAAUCCGAGCCUACCAGCUGCAUGUGGCUGAAGAUGAGGCAAAUGAAAUUAAAAAGAAAAUAAGAACAAAACUUAAAGAGCAGAUAUCUGAAUUUACCUCUACUGUUCAAAGCCAUGAAGUUGUAGUCAACAGUGAAGUAAACAAAAAGAAGAGAAAGAAAGAAAAAGCAAUUUUAAGUGAAGCUGAAACAAGUGCAAUGUCCCUUUCUGAGCUACAGCAUCAUCCAGCACAAGAUGGCAAUGAAAAUCAUUCAUUGGAAAGACUGUUUACAUCAGAAGGGCAGAAACUGGAGAAAAACAUAGAAAAACAGAAACCUAAAGCAAAGAAAGUUAAAAAGAAAACCAGAAAAGGGGAAAAUACAGAAGUUGCUGCAGAAAAUGAUGAGGAAAUUAAGAAUUCAGAAAUUUCAGCUCAGAAUAAAGUUGGUUUUGGUGAUGAUCUUGUGUUGGGAGUUUACAUCCAUCGAUCUGAUCGACUUAAAACUGAUCUCCGGGUAUCUCAUCCCAUGGUUAAAAUCCAUGUUGUUGAUCAGAGAAGUGGCUUAUAUGUCAAGAAGGAUCAUAGCCAGAGGAAAGUUUCAUCUUAUUAUGAGCAAGAACAAGUAGAUCACAUUCUUCCUAUUAUGACACAACCAUAUAACUUCAGACAGUCUAAAUCAACAGUUCCGGAGUGGGAGGAGCAAGUCAUAUUUAAUGAGCGGUUUAGUUAUUUUAUUCAAAACACUGAAGAAAGUCCUCUAGUAAUCCUGUUUUUUGAGGUGCUUGAUUUACUAAGUAUGGAUGAAUUGAGAGCCAACUCUGAUGUACAAACUCAGGAAUCUGGUUUCCGAAAAAUCUGUUGGGCAUUUCUAAAGCUUGUAGGUACAAAUGGAGCUCUGAACAUUGAUGGAAAACUCCGUCUGCAAUUAUAUUACCCGCCUCCAAAGACCAGAUCACAUUCUGAUGUGGUUGAGGUUUACAACUGGUGGGCAAAAUGUCCUAGAAAUCGUUACCCAUCCACUUUAUAUGUAACUGUAAGAGGCAUAAAACUAUCAGAUCAUGUUCCUCCUUCUUCCCGCUCUAUGAUCGCUGUUCAGCAGGAACAAAGUAGUGCAGCACUGUGUGAACACCAGAGAGAAGGAUCUAAAAACUCAUGUGAAUCUUUUCCAGAGGAGAAGAAGGAGCCAUUUAAAUGGACAAGAUUACCUGGACAGGCUUGCCGUAUACCAAACAAGCUUCUGUUUUCACUGCGAGGUGGAGAGCUGGGCUGUUUCUCUAUUCGUUUCUCUCAUGAUGGGAAAAUGCUGGCAGCAGCAUGUGCAGGAAGGAAUGGUUAUCCCAUUAUUUUAUAUGAAAUCCCUUCUGGAGAACUCCUGAGAGAAUUUUAUGGUCACCUUAAUAUAGUGUAUGAUCUUUGUUGGUCAAAAGACAAUCAGUACCUUCUUACUGCAUCCUCUGAUGGCAUGGUCAGAAUGUGGAAGAUAGAAUUGCAGGCAGCAUCUCCAGUGAGAGUUUUUGCUCAUCCUUCAUUUGUUUACACUGCUAAGUACCACCCUAUUGCUGACUCGUUGGUCGUGACAGGAUGUUAUGACUCAGUAAUUAGAAUCUGGAAUGCAAAUGUGGAAGAAAUCCAUGGGCAACUGUUGCAGGAGCUUGAUGGUCACAAAAGUUUCAUCAACACACUUUGUUUUGAUGCAGAAGGGCUCCAUAUGUUCUCCGGAGAUGGCUCAGGACUGAUAAUAGUUUGGGAUACAUUUGUCAAAGAAAGUUCUCAAGGCCUGUUUCAACAGUGGAGGAUUAAUAAGGAAAUCAAAGAAAAUGAUCUUAAAGGAACACCAAUAAAUCAUUUGGAGGUACAUCCAAAUGGAAGGCGUUUAUUAGUCCAUGCCAAAGACAGUACGCUCAGAAUCAUGGAUCUCAGAAUCUUGGCUACAAAGAAAUUCAUAGGUGCCACAAAUUACAGAGAAAAGAUUCACAGCACCUUAACACCAUGUGGUACAUUCCUAUUUUCUGGAAGUGAAGAUGGAAAGGCUUAUGUUUGGAAUCCAGAAACAGGAGAUCAGGUGGCCAUAUAUUCUGAACUUUCCUUCACAUCUCCACUUCGUGAUGUUGCUUUUCAUCCACAUGAGCACAUGGUAUCAUUUUGUGCAUUUGGUCAAAACCAGCCAAUACUUGUAUACAUCCAUGAUUAUAAAGUUGCACAACAGGAAGCUGAACUCAUAAAAGAUCUCAGUUCAUCACUUACCACAGCUGCACCAGGAGGGCCGCAGUUCUUAAACAGUUUUUCUGAAAUUCCUGUAGAAAAAAGUUUGGUGAUGUCUCCAGCAGAUCAGUUUGUCAGUGUUGCAAGAGCAUCAAUGAGAAUGCAGAAGGUGAAACAAAAACUUGAUUCUGUUACGGCGAGCACAAAUCUCUCACUUCCUGCGCCAUCAUCACUGUCACCACACUCCAAGCUAAGACUGCCUGGCACUCUGAGCACUCCACUGAAUCCUCUGUAUUCUUUCACUACUAAAAGUGGGUGUUUCAGCCCAGUAGGAAAUCCUCUUAGCCGAACACUAUUGGGUAGACUACAGACGAAUGAUGAAUGCCUGACUGCACUGGGUAUGAGAGGAGGAAGCAGUUGCCCACUCAGGCAAGAGACAGUAGUGGCUCUUUAUGACUACACAGCGCAUCGAUCAGAUGAGCUAACCAUCCAUCGCAGUGACAUUAUCCAAGUGUUGUACAAAGAUAAUGAUAACUGGUGGUUUGGCAGCCUAGCAAAUGGACAGCAAGGCUAUUUUCCAGCUAAUUAUGUGGCUGGUGAAAAAGAAUAUGAAGAACAGCCUUCAGGAUUAGUACCAGAUUCUGCUCCUCUCCUACCUGAAGGACCAACAGAAGCAGAGGAAGAUUCUGCAACACUACAUAAGAUGUCACCAGUCAUCAGUAAGUCAGAGGACCUAAAAUCUAACUCAGAGCAUGACAGAGAGAGAGAUUCAUCUGCAACUCAAGGUGCAAAGAAAAAGAAGAAAAGGAUACAGAGGAAUGAGAGAGAAAAUCAGCACAACUUAAUGGGUCUCGAUACUUCUGUAUCAUCAGUUACAGCUAAUGGUGUUGAAAAUGAACCUACAGCCCAUGGGGUAGAAUUGAAGAAGAAGAAAAAGGCAGUCAGAGGCUCAAACUUAAGCACAAAUGGAAAGACAAAUAUUGCCUUCGAGCCUGAAUGCUAUGACGUAUAGUUAUAAUUUAAUUCCAAAUUCUGGUGUUAUCUUCAGUAUACACAUUGAAAGCUGCAACUGCGAUCUCACUUCUAGGAUUAACAAGAAACAAAGAAAUACUCAAAUAUGCAAAAUGACACCGGUCGAGACUUACUAAUGGUGUAAAACUGUUUUCAAAGGCUUCUGUUCUGGCUUCCUUGAAAUCAGCAGAAUUUGAAUGUUUGCUCCUCACUGGACUGGUAAAAUCUGAAACUGUCCAAUACAAUGUUAACCAGUUUAGUAUCUGGUUAUACCUUAACUUGGACAUUUCUGUAGACUGUAGAUCAACCCACUGGGAGCAGAGAAUCAAGUGGAAAAGUGUAACAAAGAGCAAAACAAGCUCAAACACUGCAUAAGUUAUUAAAUUAGUGCUUUAAAAUGCAUUGUAAGUAAAAUAGAGGAGUGUUCAUAAUGGUAAAAUUCCAAAGGAAUGCUGGUAUUGCAGUGUACCUGAAAACAAAUUUUUUAAAGGUAUUUUCCUGACAUCGGAUAUUCCCUGGACUGCAUUUUGCAGCUCCAAAUCAAAUUUUGAGUAACUACCUAUGCAAUUACCUUGUCUUCAGUGGGACUACUCAUGCUUACCAAUGUAAAUAAGUGUUGCAAAUUCCAGGCAGCUGUAUUUUUCAAAUGAGGUUUUCUGCACAUAAUAAAGAUGCAUUGCAGUUUAGUCAGAGUUCCUGGCUGCUGUGGCAGCAGUCUUGCCAAAUAUACUUCCUUUUGUCUGAAUGAGAUAUUUUAUACCCAACUGUACUGUUUAUUUGUAGUCCUUAUUCACUUGUGUCAUUAAUCCAUGGCUUUUUUACUUGAGUAUUGUUGUAAACUUUAACUAAUGGCUUCACUAAUUAUGUACAGUGCUAAAUAAUUUUGUUUUAUAUUAAACAAAACACUUUCUAUCA